AUGAUGCAUGGCGCGGCUUCCCGCAUUUUCUUCGUGCUGCUGCUGCUGCCGCUGCUCGCGGGGGGGCUGACCCCGUUUCCUCACGGUUUCUGUUUUCCCCCUCUGCCGUUAGGCUCCGCGCGCUCUCAUUCUUUUUUUUUCUUCUUUAUUCCCUCCCCUCCCCCCUUCUCCUUGUUUACGUGUGUGCGUCAAGGACCCCCUGGCGAUCCAACGUGGCGAAAAGCGCGAGCGGCAGCGACGACAACAAUACGCAAGGCCAUGGAUGCAUUUGGCACCUCACCGCCAGACGCGGAUUUGGAGAUCGCGUCACGCGACUACGUCCAGCGGGUGCGGGGGCUGCGCAACGACGCGUAUCGCCAGGCUGUUGGCGAGAUCGCUGGGGAGAUGUACGGCGUGGUCUACGCGCAGGCGUACCGCGACGCGCUGGAGCGGCACAGGCGAGAGUGGGGCAGCCCCGCGCCGUAA